GCAAUGGCAUUACUAGGCAUUUUUGAAAUACUAUUAGCAGUGAUUUGUUAUUCAAUAGGCUUUUGGUUAAGCAACCGCUAUGAGCUUCUAUGGAAUUGGCCAUUUCUUGGAAUGCUCCCUUCUCUUGUAGCACACGUACCCGACUUCCAUGACUGGAACAAAGCUCUAAUCGAAAGAAGUGGAGGCACUUUUUUAUUCAAAGGUCCAUGGUUUUCUAACAUGGACAUAGUUGCCACCUGCGAUCCAGCCAAUGUUAAGCACACAUUGAGCACCAACUUCUACAACUACCCUAAAGGUGAUGAGUUCAAAGAAAUGUUUGAUGUCUUAGGCGAUGGAAUUUUCAAUGCUGAUUCCGAUUUAUGGAAGCAUCAAAGAAAGAACGCAAGUGCACUCAUUAAUCAUGAUCGUUUUCACUCGUUUCUUGUUAAAACGACAUAUAACAAGCUAGCCAAAGAGCUUCAUCCGGUUCUUGAACUCCUUUGUAAGGAAAAUAAGGUUUUUGACUUCCAAGAUUUGAUUGAUAGAUUUACUUUCGAUGUUGCUAUGAUAUUCGUGACAGGUUACGACCCAGAAUCGGUUUCUACGAAACUUCCAAAAGAUGAGUUUUCUAUUGCCUUAGAUUAUGCUGAACAAGCUGUAUUCUACAGACAUGUUUUUCCAAAACUCUUUUGGAAGUUACAGAGGCUGUUAGGGAUUGGCAAGGAGCAAAAACUGAAAGAAGCGAAAGAAACACUUGACCGGAUGGCAGCGAAAUAUAUAUCAAUGAGAAGAGAACAACUUGAAACUCAUAAGUACGACAUCUUUCCAGAAGAUCUGUUGGCUUCUUAUAUCAGCCAAGGAAAAAUGAUUGGUUCGAAAUCGCAGGAUGAGUUUUUAAGAGAUGUUAUUGUAAAUUUUCUUGUCGCAGGAAGAGUAAAUUCUUUGACUUGGUUGUUUUGGCUACUUUCAAAAAAUCAAAGAGCGGAAACUAGAAUUAGAGAGGAGUUGAAAUCUAUAGCAUCAACAGGUGAAACAACAGGAGGUUUACAGCUCUUCAAGCAGGAAAAGGUAAACAAAUUAAUAUAUUUGCACGCAGCGUUAUGUGAAACAUUAAGGCUUUAUCCACCUGUUGUGUAUGAGCAUAAAAAGCCUUUAAAGCCAGAUGUGUUACCAAGUGGACAUCACGUCGAUCCAAAAAUGAAAAUUCUAUAUCUUAGUUACGUGAUGGGGAGAUUGAAAUCUCUAUGGGGAGAAGAUUGCAUGGAGUUCAAGCCAGAAAGAUGGAUUUCAGAGGAAGGAAGGCUUAUACAGCAAUCACCAUACAAGUUCUUAACCUUUAAUGCAGGGCCAAGAACUUGUUUGGGAAAAGAAAUUGCUUUGACUGAAAUGAAAGCCGUUGCUGCUUUUAUUCUCCAUAAUUACCAAGUUAAGGUAAUAGAAGGACAUGUUCCGGAACCUACUUGUGCUUCCAUUAUCCUUCAUAUCAAGAAUGGUUUAAUGGUUAGGAUUAGUCGGAGAUAAUAAGACUACGUUUUAUUAAAUAACUGUUGGUUAAAAAUGUCUGCUGGUGCUCAGGAAGAAUAAUUUGCUGCAUUACUUUUAAUAUUAUAUUAUUAUUUAACUUGUAAUAGUAAAAAAUAUGUACGUUUCCGAAUUCUCGUCAGGAAAUUUCAUGUUUGAGGUUAUGAAACGGAGCUUGUUCCUUCUUA